CACCACUUCUCGCACUCCACUACUCACAGUCACCGCCGCUGCCGCCCACUGAUUGUAGCUAGAGAGAGAGAGAGAGGGCAAAGGGCGCAGGAAGGAGGCGCAGGCAUGGGCUUCCCUUCUUCCUCCCUCCCCGCCGCCGCCGCGGCGGCGGCGCUCGUGCUCCUGGCCCUGCUCGCCGGAGGAGGCGAGUGCCGGGAGGCCCAGUUCGACGCGACGGACGCGGCCGGCGCCGGCGCGGAGAACUUCAACACCAGCGACGCCGCCGUGUACUGGGGCCCCUGGCAGAAGGCCCGGGCCACCUGGUACGGCCAGCCCAACGGCGCCGGCCCCGACGACAACGGUGGCGCGUGCGGCUUCAAGCACACCAACCAGUACCCAUUCAUGUCCAUGGGGUCCUGCGGCAACCAGCCAUUGUUCAAGGACGGCAAGGGCUGCGGCUCCUGCUACAAGAUUCGGUGCACCAAGGACAGAUCCUGCUCCGGGCGGGCGGAGACGGUGAUCAUCACGGACAUGAACUACUACCCGGUGUCCAAGUACCACUUCGACCUCAGCGGCACGGCGUUCGGCAGGCUGGCCAAGCCCGGCCUCAACGACAAGCUCCGCCACUCCGGCAUCAUCGACAUCGAGUUCACCAGGGUGCCGUGCGAGUUCCCUGGGCUGAAGAUCGGUUUCCACGUGGAGGAGUACUCGAACCCCGUCUACUUCGCGGUGCUGGUGGAGUACGAGGACGGCGACGGCGACGUGGUGCAGGUGGACCUGAUGGAGUCCAAGACGGCGCACGGGCCCCCGACGGGGCGGUGGACGCCCAUGCGCGAGUCCUGGGGAUCCAUCUGGCGGAUGGACACCAACCACCGCAUGCAGCCGCCCUUCUCCAUCCGCAUCCGCAACGAGUCCGGCAAGACGCUCGUCGCCAGAAACGUCAUCCCGGCCAACUGGAGGCCCAACACUUUCUACCGCUCCUUCGUCCAGUACCAGUAGUAGCACGUACGUACCUGAUUGAUUGAUUGAUUGAUUGGAUCCCAGCCCAGCCCGGCCCAGCCCGCAAUUGGAGUGGAAUCCGGCUCGGUUCGGUUCGGUUCGGUCAUCAUCAUCACUACGUACGUACUAUACGCUACUACCACUAGACGACUACUACUGCUACCAAGUACGGCGAAACGGAACGGCUAGUCGUUGUGUCUCUGGUCAUCGUGUCGUUGCAGUUGUAUCAUGGUCCUUGGAGUGAGUCGUUGCAUGCAUUGGGGGCGCGCUUUUAGGUCAGGCGUCAUGUGCGAGUGUUUGUGGGUCUGUAAGGCUGGCAUGUGCAUGGUGCGUGACCCUAAUUGCAAAAAAAAAGAGAGAGAGAACUAAGCCGUGUGGGAAAAUGGAGGAGGCAGGCGUACAAGGUACGCUCUCCCGCCCACUAUUGCUUUAUAAUUUAUAUCAUCAUCAUCUUCUUCUUCAAUCCGAUCGAUCGGUGAUUAA